AUGGCAAUCAAACUCUAUCCGGUUACGACGGGGAUUCCCCCAAGGGAAAGUGGCUAGCGUGAGGGCUGUGGGGGUAAAAAUAACGUGUUUGGACUGCAGCCAUUGAGAACCUAGUGAGACUGGAGUGAGACCACAGUGAGAUCUCAUUGUUUCAUGUUUUUUGUGCACGUAGGCGGAAGACGACACCUCUCCGGUGGACUUGGAGAGGCACCUGAGCCAAGUGGAGAGGCCAUUUAAGGAAAACAUCACCAGGUAGGAACAUGUCUUUCUGCUCCUUAUCGCAUCAUCUUAUUGAUUGUCUGGAGCCAAAUACAGCCAUCUGGAAUUCCCGAUAACUAUCUGUUCAUGCUCUCUCCCCCCCCCCACCCCCCCCACCCCCCAGACGAGGCCUGGCCGACUAUCUGGAAGGCUAUCACAAUCAAGUCAACAUCUGCCUGCAGAAUGAGGUAAUUUAUUAAGUUAAUUCACCUCUGAUGCUGCAUUGAAGGCCCUAAACAUGUGUGGUGGGGUUGUGGUGCAGAAUUGCUAUCAGGCGUUGAAUGGGGGUUGUGCAUUGCGUGGAUAGUUCACACACAAUUGCGAAAGGCCUAUAGAUUCCUGGAAGAAAUGUGCUGUUUCAAGAAUCACUUGCGUUGUUGAGUAACUCAAUAGAGAUUGCACACACACACACACACACUCUAAACAAUGACUUUGUUCCACCACAGAGUACCCAGUAUAAGACGGUGGAUGGGGUGGUUCAGACGGUGAAGAACCUGUGCUGUGCCCUGGAUGAGGUGGAGACCCAGGCCAUCACGGAGGCAGUAAAGAGAGUCAAGCGCUCAGUCAACCUCCCCAGGACACGCUCACCAGAGGUAGGUUCAAUGAUGUAUAAACAUCAUACGAAUAUAUCAAUGCAUGUCUCUAUGGGUUGGUCACUUCACUACUACCGAUCUCUAACGAAACCUUUUGAUGUAGUGCAUGAUGUAGAUGCAUUUUUAUGACUAUUUCACUAUUAAAGUGUACAAAAUGAGAAGUGAAGUGACAACAUUGAACAGUGAACCAUCAUAUUUGUGUAUUGAAGAUCUAAUAAUGAAAGAGAAGGAUUGCUGUUUUGAAUUUGGUGAAUUUAGUGUGGAAGAGGUUGAAAAACUAUUGUUAUCCAUCAAUAAUGAUUAGCCACCAGCUUUAGACUACCUAGAUGGGAAACUAUUGAGAAUGGUAGCAGACUAUAUUGCCACCCUAUUUGCCAUGUCUUUAACUUAAGCCUAAAGGAGUGUGUGUGUUCACAGGCGUGGAAGGAAGCUAAAGUAAUUCCACGACCUAAAAAUAGUAAAGCACCCUUUGCCGCCCAAUCAGUUUGCUGCCUGUUCUUAGUAAACUGAUGGAGAAAAUUGUUUGAACAAAUACAAUGCUAUUUUUCAAAGAACAAGUUAACUACUGACUUUCAGCAUGCAUAUAGGGAAGUGCACUCGACUUGUACUGCACUGACUCAGAUGACUGAUGAUUGGCUAAAAUAAAUGGAUAAUAAGAUGUUAGUUAGAGCUUUAUUGUAAGAUUUCAGUACAGCCUUUGAUGUUAUUGAUCAUAUAAAAAAAAAAAUUACUCACUUGUUAUGGCUUUACGUCACCUGCCAUCACCUGGUUGGAGAGUUACUUAUCCUAUAGAACUCAGAGUAUUCUUCAAUGGAAGCUUCUCUAACAUCAGAUAUUUACAGUGCGGUGUCCCUCAAGGCAGUUGCCUUGGGCCAUUACGCUUCUCUAUUUUUACAAAUGAUUUGCCACUUGUCUUGCAAGAAGCUAAAAUGACUAUGUAUGCUGAUGAUUGUACACUACACAUCAGCACCUACAGCCAGUCAGCUCAUUGAGACUCUUAGCAAGGCAUUAGUCAGUGUCAGAAUGGGUAAUUAACAAUAAACGGGUCUUAAAUGCAUCUAAAACCAAAAGCAUUGUAUUUGGUUCAAAACAUUCUCUUAGACCUAAACCUCAACUGGAGUUGUUUAUAAAGGGUGUGACCAUUGAACAAGUUGAAGUAGCUGAACUCCUAGGAGUAACAUUGGAUGGUCAGUUAUUAUGGUCAAGUCAUAUUGACAAAGUUGGGGAGAGGUAUGUCUAAUAAAAAGAUGUUCUGCGUUUUUGACACAUCAACUGUACUAGUUGGUCAGGCUCUGAUCUUGUCCCAUCUUGAUUACUGUUCGGUAAUAUGGUCAGGUAAAACAAAGGAAGACCUAGCAAAGCUGCAGCUGGCUCAAAACAGAGCAGCACGCCUUGCCCUUAACUGUACACACAGAACUAACAUCAACAACAUGCAUGUUAGUCUUUCAUGGUUGAGAGUUGAGGAGAAAUUGACUACCUCUCUUCUUUUUAAGAAACAUUUGUGUGUUUUGUAUACUCUUCCUGGGGUUUAUUAUGGAUCCCCAUUAGUUCCUGCCAAGGCAGCACCUACUCUUCCUGGGGUCCAAACACAUUAAGGUACUUACAUUACACAUAAAACAAAAGGUAAAACAGUACAUCAUAUAACACUAUUACACCGCUACAUAUCUACAAUACAAAAUGUAUAAUACCACCAUACAACGUUAUUUCAAUGUAUGUGUGUAGAGUGCUAGCGUUUUGUGUGCGUAUGUGUGUCUGUACCAGUGUAUGUCUCUACACAGACCCUGCUCUUCCGUAAGGUGUAUUUUUAUCUGUUUUUUAAAUCUAAUUCUACUGCUUGCAUCAGUUACCUGAUGUGGAAUAGAGUUCCAUGUAGACAUGGCUCUAUAUAGUACUGUGCGCCUCCCAUAGUUGAAAAUGCCUAACCACUUGUAUAAUCUAUUUGCAUACACUUCAAACAGACAUACAUACCCCACCAGACACACCACCAUGGGUUUCUUCAAAGUACCCAAACCAAAAACAGAUUUAAUGCGUCACUCAGUUUUAUGUAUAGAGCCAUGUAAUCGUGGAAUGCUCUGCCACCAGAGGUUACUCAGGCAAGAAGUGAAGUUACAAUUUAUUUUUUUAUCACAGCGCCUCUCCUCUUUCUAAAGAUCUAAUUUAACUGUACUGUAUAUAAGAAUAUGUAGAAAUGAAGUGUGUAAAUAGUAAUUGUGUUCUGUUGUCUUUCCAAUAUAUCACUCUUAUUUUAUUAAUUUUUCUUGUCUAUAACAGUUCUGUUCUUUGUCAUGUAUUUGUACGUUUUAUGGACCACAUGAAAAGUAGCUGCUGCAUGUGCGGCUGCUAGUGGAGAUCCUAAUAAACUAAACUAACAGCUCUCUGAACUGCAGUGAUGGGCAUAGGAUAGUUUAUCAUGGACUGGAAUUAUAUUAUUCCAAUCUGUUUACAAUUCUAUCUCAGGUGGGCUCCAAAUCCUCAGGUAG